UCUCUCUCCUCUUCAAAAUUUUCCUCAGUUAUGGCCUUCUCAGUGCUUCCCUCAGCCAUCUGAACCAGCGGAGAAUCGCCGUAAAUUCUCUGGUUACCAUCAUUGUUCUCUUUCCGUCGACUCCUCUCCUCAUUUUGUCUGCGUCUCUUGCUCCACGGUUCAAGAUGUCUGUUGGCUCUAAAAAAGAAUCUGAGACUGAUAGUUUGAAGAAGUAUCAAGACUUCUAUUAUGCGGAUCUGAAGCAAGGUCUCAUACGAAUUAAAGCUUCUGGUUCUAUGUAUAGAUGUCCAUUUUGCCAUGGGAGGAGUGGAAAGGAGGACUUCCAAUUUAAGGAGCUUCUCCGACAUGCUUCUGGUGCAGGGAGAAGCUCACAGAGCUGGACCAUAAAGGAAAGGGCAAAACACUUGGCUUUGGAGAGGUAUAUGAAUAAGUAUUUUUGUCUUGAAGAUCAACCUCAGCCUGUCCGCAAGGAGCAGCGUGAUGACUGUGGUCAGCCUCAACCUGUCAACAAAGAGCAGUGUUAUGAUCGUGAUCAAUCUCAAGCUAUCUGCAAGGAGCAGCGUUAUGAUUGUGAUCGACCUCAAACUGUCUGCAAGGAGAAACGCUAUGAUCGCAAACAACCUCAACUUGUCCACAAGGAGCAGCAUUAUGAUCGUGAUCGACCUCAAUCUGUCCGCAAGGAGCAGAAUUACGAUUGUGAUCGACCUCAAUCUGUCUGCAAGGAGCAGAAUUACGAUUGUGAUCUACCUCAAUCUGUCCGCAAGGAGCAGCAUUACGAUCGUGAUCAACCUCAAUCUGUUCACAAGGAGGAGGGCUAUGAUCGUGAUCAACCUCAACCUGUUCACAAGGAGCAGUAUUAUGAUCGUGGCCAACCUCAGCCGAAGGAUCAACCUCAACUUGUACACAAGGAGCAGCAUUAUGAUCGUGAUCGACCUCAAUCUGUCCGCAAGGAGCAGCAUUACGAUUGUGAUCGACCUCAAUUUGUUCACAAGGAGCAGCAUUACGAUCGUGAUCGACCUCAAUUUGUUCGCAAGGAGGAGGUUUAUGAUCAUGAUCAACCUCAACCUGUUCACAAGGAGCAGUAUUACGAUCGUGAUCAACCUCAACUGAAGGGUCAACUCAAAGUUCGGAACCACUUUCUUCCAGAGGAUCAACCUCAACUUAUCCAAAAGGAGCAGCAUUAUGAUCGUGAUCGACCUCAAUCUGUUCGCAAGGAGCAGCAUUACGAUCGUGAUCGACCUCAAUCUGUUCGCAAGGAGGAGAGUCAUGAUCAACCUCAACCUGUUCACAAAGAGCAGUAUUAUGAUCGUGAUCAACCUCAACCGAAGGAUCAACUCAAAGUUCGCAACCCCUUUCUUUCAGAGGAUCAACCUCAACCUAUCCGCAAGGAGCAGUGUUAUGAUCGUGAUCAGUUGUUUGUCUGGCCUUGGAUGGCUAUUGUAGCAAACAUACAAACUGAGAUACAUGCUGGACGACGUGUUGGGGAAAGUGGUUCCAAACUUAGAGAUGAAUUUAUGAGACAAGGUUUUAACCCUUUGAAGGUUCAUCCUCUGUGGAACCGCUUUGGUCAUUCUGGAUAUGCAGUUGUAGAGUUUAACAAGGAUUGGGAUGGUUUUAGAAAUGCCUUAAUGUUUGAAAAUAGCUUUGAAGUUGACCAUCAGGGGAAGAAGGACUAUAAUGUUUCAAGAGACCGGGGAAAGAAAUUGCAUGGUUGGGUGGCCAGGGAUGAUGACUACAACUCAAAAAGCGUAUUUGGGGAUUAUCUGCGGAAGAAUGGGGACUUGAAAACUGUAUCGGGUAAAGAGGCUGAGGAUAACAGUAAAGCAUUAAGGCUUGUCUCAAACUUGACCAAUACACUGGAAAAUAAAAAUCUACAUCUUAAGGAGAUCACUCACAAAGUUCUAGAGACUAAUGCAUCCUUAAAUAAUAUGAUGGAACAGAUGGACGAGACGGCUAAAAUUUACAAUGAGAAAAUUAGAAGAAUGCAGCAGGAUGCACGGGAUCAUUUAGAACAUAUUGUCUCGGAACAUGAAAAGGUUAAACUACAAUUAAAAGAUCAGAAGAAGGAACUUCAGCAACGUGAGCAUCAACUGCUUGAUCGUGAGGCUCAAAAUGAUAAUGAGAGAAGAAAGUUGUAUCAGGAGAAGAAAAUGAAUGAAAGGGCCACUUUGGAGCAAAAGAAGGCAGAAGAUGAAGUCUUGCUUCUAGCAGGGGAACAACAAAAAGAGAAGGAAAAGCUUCACAAAAAGAUCAUAGAGCUGGAACAGAAGCUUGAUGCAAGACAAGCAUUAGAGUUGGAAAUUGAGAGGCUGAAGGGUUCGUUAGAAGUAAUGAAACAUAUGGGUGAGGAUGGAGAUGAUGAUACCAAGAAAAAAAUGGACCAGAUUCAACAAGAUUUGAAUGAGAAGGAAGAAGAAUUUGAAUACUUUCAAAACAUCAAUCAAAAUCUCAUCAUCAAAGAGCGUAGAACCAAUGAUGAAGUUCAAGAUGCGCGCAAAGAAUUGAUUCAUGUGUAUGGCGGUUCGUCGACCAGAGCCUUUAUUGGUGUCAAGAGAAUGGGGGAUCUUGACAGCAAACCAUUCUGCACAGCCAUAAAGUUGAAGUAUGCCAAGGAAGAAGCAGAUGAGAAAGCAGUAGAGUUGUGCUCAGAAUGGGAGGACAAGCUUCGUGACCCUAGCUGGCAUCCCUUCAGGAUUAUAGAGGACGAUGGAGGACAAGCUAAGGAAAUUAUUGAUGAAAAUGAUGAGAUGUUAAAGAAUUUGAGGAAUGAGUAUGGAGAUGAAGUUUACAAGGCCGUUGUUACAGCCUUGAUGGAAAUGAACGAAUAUAACCCAAGUGGUAGAUAUACAGUUUUGGAGCUGUGGAACUUCAAAGAGGGAAGAAAAGCAACAUUAAAGGAAGGAGCAGCUCAUAUAUUGAAGCAAUGGAAACUGCACAAAAGAAGGAAAAGCUGAAGGCAAGCGCUCCAGAUUUCCAUAUUGGUAAGUUUUCCUGUCUAAUUACUUUUAAUGGAGAACUAUUAGUAAGGAAAUGAUUUUUUCUUCCCUUUGGUUUUUGUUAAUACAAUAAAUGUGAGGUACAGAUUUAAACUCAAACCUUAAUAAAUAAAUAAAUACAUGCCUUAACCCCA